CCCGGGGCAAAGUCCGGUUCGGGGAGGGAGCGGCGUCGCGGCGGGCUGCGCUCGGGGGCCCGCGGGAAGGCGGCCGGGGAGGGGGGGGCACCGCCGCCCCGCGCCCCCGCCGGCCAUGGCCAAGCGGCUGCUGGUGGCCUACGGGCUGUGGGCGCUGGGGGGGCCGCUGGGGCUGCACCACCUCUACCUGGGCCGCGACAGCCAGGCGCUGCUGUGGCUGCUGACGCUGGGCGGCUGCGGCGCCGGCUGGCUCUGCGACGCCUGGCACCUGCCCGGCUGGGUGGCGGCGGCCAACGGCGCCGGGGGGCCGCGGCGGCGCGGCGAGGGGGGGGUGCCGGCCCCCGGGCCCCUGGGCUUCGCCGGGCAGGUGGCGGCCGGCACCUACCUGGGGGUGCUGGCGGGGCUGGCGCUGCCCGGGGCGCCGGCGGUGCCGCUGGCCUCGGCGCUGGGCGUGCAGCUGGCGGCCUCGGCGGGCGAGCGGACGGCGGCGGCGGGGCCGGUGCUGGCGGCCGCCCUCCUGGCCGCGCUGCUCUGCGGCGGGCGGCUGCCGGCGGCGCUGCCCGCCAGCCUGGCCGCCGCCGCCGCCGCCCGACGGCACCGGCGCUGCAAGCGCCCCGGGGCGCCGGGCGCCCGGCUCUGCCGCCUGGCGCUGGCCUACGCGGCGCUGGCCGGGGCCCUGGCCUACGCCGUGCUGGGCCGCGCCGCCGCCGUGGCCGCCGCCGUGCUGCGGCUGCCCCAACGCGCCGGCGGCCUCCUGGCCCACGCGCUGGGCUUCGGCGCCGGCCCUGGACCCGAGCCGCUCGACGCCCGGCGGCUGUGGGCGUACCAGGUGCUGGGCCUCGCCGCCGGCUCCUCCGCCGAGGACGUGCACAGGAGCUACCGGGAGCUGGUGAAGGUUUGGCACCCGGACCACAACCGGCACCGGGCCGAGGAGGCCGAGCGGCGCUUCAUCGAGCUGCAGGAGGCCUACGAGGAGCUCGCGGGCCCCAGGAAGGCCCCGGCGGCGUCGGCGGCGGCGUGAGGCUCCCGUGGGCGGCGAAGGCCGUUGGGGGGGUUUUAACACGACGUUUCCUCCCCACGGCUGCUCUGUUCCUCGCGCUCGGUGCGACGCG